UCCCGUCAGCUGAUGUUGCUGCAUUGCAAAGAUCACGUGACCAUUUUCAACACGUGACGCUCUGGACCAGAAAGCGUCGACAUGGCAUCGGCUGCACAACCCAUCUACUGGCUGGGUAAUGACACCCUCAGGGUGUCAGCUGCCCUUUUCGCUGAGAAUCGUCAAAGAUUGUGCCUGGGGUUGAGAGCUAAAGAGGGUUUACUGCCAAAGUCAGUCGUGUUGCUGCAAGGGGGAGAGCAAACGCAGAGGUACUGCACGGACACCGACGUCCUCUUCAGGCAGGAGUCUUUCUUCCACUGGGCUUUUGGAGUGACAGAGGCUGACUGUUUUGGAGCCAUAGAUGUGGACACGGGAAAAUCCAUUCUUUUUGUUCCUAAACUGCCUGAAAGCUACGCUACUUGGAUGGGGGAGAUCUUUCCUAAGGAGCACUUCAAGGAAAAGUAUGCUGUUGACGAGGUGCAGUACACCUGCGACGUUGCUCAAGUCCUGUCCAACAUGAAGCCAUCAGUUCUCCUGACACUGCGAGGACAGAACACGGACAGUGGGAGCACCUGCCGCGAAGCCUCCUUUGAAGGAAUCAGUAGCUUCCAAGUGAACAACACUCUCUUACACCCAGUCAUUGUGGAAUGUCGCCUCUGUAAGACUGAUAUGGAGUUGGAAGUUCUGCGCUACACCAACAGGGUUUCCAGUGAAGCGCACAAAAUGGUGAUGAAAAACGUCAGACCUGGAAAGAAAGAAUAUGAAAUGGAAAGUCUGUUCCAGCACUAUUGCUACUCCAAAGGCGGGAUGCGACACACUUCCUACACCUGCAUCUGUGGAACGGGCAAUAAUUCCUCUGUCCUCCACUACGGUCAUGCUGGGGCUCCAAAUGACAAGACAAUUCAAGAUGGAGACAUGUGUUUGUUUGACAUGGGAGGAGAGUACUACUGCUACUCCUCAGACAUAACCUGCUCCUUCCCGGCCAACGGAAAGUUCACUGCAGACCAGAGGGCAAUCUAUGAGGCGGUCCUAAAAUCCUCACGCGCCGUCAUGGCUGCCCUCAGACCAGGUGUGAAAUGGACUGACAUGCACCGUCUGGCUGACAAAGUUCACCUGGAGGAACUUGUGAAAAUUGGCAUCCUGCAUGGAAAUGUUGAGGACAUGCUGAAGGUCCACCUGGGUUCUGUCUUCAUGCCGCACGGCCUGGGACACCUGCUGGGCAUCGAUGUUCACGACGUGGGAGGUUACCCAGAGGGGGUAGAUCGCAUUGAUGAGCCCGGACUAAAGAGUCUGCGUAUGGGCCGCCUGGUGCAGGAGAGGAUGGUCCUCACUGUGGAGCCUGGGAUAUACUUCAUCAACCACCUGCUGGACAAGGCGCUGGCUGACCCUGCUCAGAGCUGCUUCAUCAACUCCCAAGUGCUGGCCCGCUUCAGAGGCUUCGGAGGGGUCCGCAUCGAGGAUGACAUCGCAGUGACAGCCAACGGCAUGGAGCUGCUGACCUGCGUGCCUCGAACAGUGGAGGAGAUCGAAGCUUUCAUGGCCGACUCUGACAAAAACUUUGAUGCUGAGAAUGCCUAAAAAUAAAACGGCAUAUCAUGCAAGUUACGCAAGUCUGAGCUGUCUGGAAUGACCUCUGAUGUUAUUUUAAAGAAAUGCAUAAAAUGAACAGUA